UAUCCUCCUCCUCGCGUAUAAAUUGGGACAAUCCGCUCUUCCCAUUUCCCUCUCAGAGCUACAAAGAAUACCGUCCUCCUGGUACAGUUUCUUGCGCAUCACUCCAUUUUCUUUCUCCCUGCACUACGAGAUACCAGAAGAAUCGAAGCGAAAGCAUGGCAGCAUCCGCCAUGGUAGUGGACCCAAAGCCGGUUGCAGCGGAGCCACCGCCGUCAUUCCCUUCAACGAGAUUGGACCUUCAAGGGCUUGCGGACCCGUCAUCCGUCGACGAGGAGGAUCUCUACAGCCGCCUUAAGUCUCUGCAGCGGCAACUCGAGUUCAUCGACAUACAGGAGGAGUACGUCAAGGACGAGCAAAAGAACUUGAAGCGGGAGCUCCUCCGGGCUCAGGAGGAGGUCAAGCGGAUUCAAUCGGUGCCUCUCGUUAUCGGGCAGUUUAUGGAGAUGGUCGACCAGAACAACGGCAUCGUCGGCUCCACCACUGGAUCCAAUUACUAUGUUAGAAUCCUCAGUACAAUCAACAGAGAACUUCUUAAGCCUUCUGCUUCUGUGGCUCUUCACCGCCACUCCAACGCCCUCGUCGAUGUUUUACCCCCCGAGGCCGAUUCCAGCAUCUCCCUCCUCAGUCAAUCGGAGAAGCCGGAUGUCACUUACAAUGAUAUUGGAGGGUGCGACAUUCAAAAGCAGGAAAUUCGUGAAGCAGUUGAAUUACCUCUGACUCACCAUGAACUGUACAAACAAAUUGGUAUAGAUCCUCCUCGUGGUGUUUUGCUUUAUGGUCCUCCUGGCACUGGGAAAACUAUGCUUGCCAAAGCCGUUGCUCAUCAUACAACUGCAGCCUUUAUCAGAGUUGUUGGCUCUGAAUUUGUUCAGAAGUACUUGGGUGAGGGCCCACGGAUGGUCCGUGAUGUGUUCCGUCUGGCUAAAGAGAAUGCCCCUGCUAUUAUCUUUAUUGAUGAGGUGGAUGCUAUUGCUACUGCUACGUUUGAUGCAACUGGAGCUGAUAGAGGUCAGCGAAUCCUCAUGGAACUUCUGAAUCAGAUGGAUGGGUUUGAUCAGACAGUUAAUGUUAAAGUCAUAAUGGCAACCAAUAGGGCAGAUACUCUGGACCCUGCACUUCUACGUCCUGGAAGGCUUGAUCGGAAGAUUGAAUUUCCAUUGCCUGAUAGACGACAAAAGAGGCUUGUUUUCCAGGUCUGCACUUCUAAAAUGAACCUAAGCGAUGAGGUGGACUUGGAAGAUUAUGUUUCUCGGCCUGAUAAAAUCAGUGCUGCUGAGAUUGCAGCUAUCUGCCAAGAGGCUGGAAUGCAUGCUGUUAGAAAGAACAGAUACGUCAUACUGCCCAAGGAUUUCGAGAAAGGUUACCGAGCCAAUGUGAAGAAGCCUGAUACCGACUUUGAUUUCUACAAAUGAAGAGUCUUUUUUUUUUUUUUUGCUUAUGUUUAUGAAAUUGUUAAAUUACAUGCAAACCUUGUUUUAGUUUAUCAUGCAUGCCACAAGCAGUGUUUCAGAGAUUUUAUUGGCAGUACAUAACUUGUGGUUGACAUGGCAUAUCUUGAAAGUUUGAGUACUCGCCAUAUCUUAGGAGGCCAGUAAAGAUUGAGGGGAAGGAGUGGGAUAGAAUCAUAGAUUCCAUCAACAGAGUGGCUUGUGAAUUCUUCAACUAGAGGGGUUAAUGUAUGAUUUUUUAGAUAUUCAAAAUACUAUUGCUUGGAUCUCUUUUGUUGUGCCGUGGCAAUUGCGAGUAAAGCUCACACUGGAAAUGUGAUGAACAACAGGUUAGACGCCGCAA